GAAUGGACAACCAGACCGUUCUGGCUGUUCAGUCGUUGUUGGAUGGCCAAGGAGCAGUCCCUGAUCCGACAGGCCAGAGCGUCAGCGCGCCCCCUGCCAUCCAGCCACUGGACGAUGAGGAUGUCUUCCUCUGCGGGAAGUGUAAGAAGCAGUUCAACUCGCUGCCUGCUUUCAUGACUCACAAGCGGGAACAGUGCCAGGGCAGUGCCUCGGCCCUCGCCACGGUCUCCCUGGCCCCUAGCGGCAUCUACACACCCUCAGCAGCGCCUGCCGCCGUCCAGCAGGCCCCACCUCCUGCCAACCGCCAGAUCUCCACAUACAUCACAGUGCCCCCAUCCCCACUGAUCCAGACCCUGGUGCAGGGGAACAUCCUGGUGAGCGACGAUGUGCUUAUGUCUGCCAUGUCGGCCUUCACGUCCCUGGACCAGCCCAUGCCCCAGGGGCCCCCACCUGUGCAGAGCCUGGGCCCCACCGGGCGCCCCAACCCUGGUGGGAAUGGUGUGGUGGAGGUGUACAGUGCCAACCCGCCCCUGGCUGGAAGUGGAACAGUGGAGAUCCAGGCACUGGGGAUGCAGCCCUACCAGCCCCUGGAGGUGCCCAGCCCGUGUGUGGGGGCUCCAGUGUACCCCACGGCCCCCGUGUACAGCCCUGGCAAGCAGGGGUUCAAACCGAAAGGACCAAACCCGGCCGCCCCUCUCGCCAGUGCCACUGCGGGCACAGCGGCCACCUUUGAGCCCCCGCCGACGCUGAAGACCCGACGGGCUAAAGGUGCCGGUGGACUCCCGGAAGCUGCAGGGAAGCCCAAAGCGCAGAAGCUCAAGUGCUCCUACUGUGACAAGUCCUUCACGAAGAACUUCGACCUGCAGCAGCACAUCCGGAGCCACACCGGUGAGAAGCCUUUCCAGUGCAUCGCGUGCGGCCGCGCCUUCGCGCAGAAGUCCAACGUCAAGAAGCACAUGCAGACCCACAAGGUGUGGCCUCCGGGGCGCAGUGGUGGCACUGUUUCUCGAAACUCUGUGACCGUCCAGGUCAUGGCCUUGAACCCCAGCAGGCAAGAGGAUGAGGAAAACACAGGGCUGGGCCGGACCCGGGCGGGCACAGCGCGGCCCCAGGCUUUGCCCGCAGCGGGUGAGGAUGAGGGAGACGAAAUGGAGGCCAAGCAGGCGGUGCUCAUCGACAGCUCCUACCUGUGCCAGUUCUGCCCCAGCAAGUUCAGCACCUACGUGCUGCUCAAGUCCCAUAUGACCCAGCACAAGAACGAGCAGGUGUACAAGUGUGUGGUCAAGAGCUGUGCGCAGACCUUUCCCAAGCUUGACACAUUUCUGGAGCACAUCAAGAGCCACCAGGAGGAGCUGAGCUACCGCUGUCACCUCUGCGGCAAGGACUUCCCCUCGCUGUACGACCUGGGCGUGCACCAGUACUCCCACAGCCUGCUGCCCCAGCACAGCCCCAAGAAGGACAGUGCUGUCUACAAGUGUGUCAAGUGUGUCAAAAAAUACUCCACGCAGGAGGCCCUGGAGCACCACCUGCAGACGGCCACUCACAACUUCCCCUGCCCGCACUGCCAAAAGGUGUUUCCCUGUGAGCGCUACCUGCGGCGGCACCUGCCCACCCACGGCAGCGGGGGCCGCUUCAAGUGCCAGGUGUGCAAGAAGCUCUUCCGGCGGGAGUAUUACCUCAAGCUGCACGCCCACAUCCACUCAGGAGAGAAGCCCUACAAAUGCUCAGUGUGUGAGUCUGCAUUCAACCGUAAGGACAAACUGAAGAGACACAUGCUGAUCCACGAGCCCUUCAAGAAGUACAAAUGCCCCUUCUUGACACACACAGGCUGCAGUAAGGAGUUUAACCGGCCGGACAAGCUGAAGGCUCACAUCCUGUCCCACUCUGGCCUGAAGCUCCACAAGUGCGCGCUGUGCAGCAAGUCCUUCAGCCGCCGCGCCCACCUGGCCGAGCACCAGCGCGCCCACACGGGCAACUACAAGUUCCGCUGUGCGGGCUGUGCCAAGGGCUUUUCCCGCCACAAAUACCUCAAGGACCACCGCUGCCGCCUUGGCCCCCAGAAGGACAAGGACCUGCAGACCCGGCGGCCCCCCCGGAGGAGGGCAGCUCCCCGCAGCGGAGGCAGCAGUGCUGGGCACAAGGCGGUGACCUCCUUGCCCGACCCCCUGGGGCUGGAGGAGUUGAAGGACGCAGGGGCUGGGCCUGUGCCCGAGGUCACCCCAGGCAAACCGCCCUUCGCAGAGCCCGAUGCCGUGCUGUCCAUUGUUGUGGGUGGCACAGUGGGCGGUGACCCUGAGCUGGUGGUGCCUGGGCAUGCCGAGGCGCUGGGCUCCAACCUGGCCCUGGCUGAGCUGCAGGCCGGGGCUGAGGGACCGUGUGCCAUGCUGGCGGUGCCAGUCUACAUCCAGGCCUCCGAGUGAGGCAGACUCUGCCUGUGGAGUUUGCUUCCUGAGCGCCCGGACCUCGCGCUUGGAUCCGGCUCCUGGGGCCGGCCAGGGUCCUUCCCGGUGGCAGGAGCUUCCUGGGAUGCCAUUGGCUGCCCUUCGGUGGCCCUGUUCUGCGGCAUCCUGCGGUGGGACAGGCUGGCAGCUCCUGGACAGCAGUGGCAAGAGAGAUGGCCGGAGCCCGGACAGCCCGCUGGUAGUUGGGCUGCCUGAGAGAGAAGACGAGAUGGUCUGGCCCAGCCCUCCUCCAGGCAGCCUGGGUGGCCGUCAGGCGAGCUGCUCAGCGGGAGGCUGGAUGUGACUGGAGUCCCUGUCUGUUCUCCAUUUGGGUCCCUCACGGCUUCCACAGACAACUCUGCAAGGUUGGCCUUUAGGAGGCACUCAAAAGGCGUGGUUAGAGUACAGCUAGGAGCCAGAUCUAGCUUCAAAUCUCAGUUGCGUGCACUUGCUGUGUGACCCUGGGCAAAUCGCCACACUCCUGUGUUCCUUGUCCGUGCAGUGGGGCUUACAGCUGCACUACCUCCAAGGGUUGUCUUGGGGCUCCGGUGUGAAGAAAUGUGCAAAGGACUUGGCAAGUGCUCAAUAAAUGUUUUUAUCACUG